AAAACCCUCCUUUUUUUCUCCUUUAUGCUCUACGCUUCUUGCGGUGCUUAUCUAGACCGGGUGAGCUGCGACUGCGGGGACCAGUCUUGUGCCCCCUCCUUUUUUGCCGCUCUCGUGCUAAUCUGUCGAUCCUGGAGAGCUGUCCUCCUCUGUGCGUGGUAUCGGGGACAAACCCUCGCAGCGAACAGCUCUCCGAGGGUUACUAAAGCGGGAAAAAGAUCAAGAAAAUAGGGGUUUCUAUCGCUUGGAGCGAGCUCGAGGUGCCGUGACACUCACUCGUCCUCCGUAGACCGAAGAAGAAGACGAUGCUUGGGGCAGGGUCUCGGUCGCCAGAUCAGCGGAGAAGGGGAGGCGUCUCUGGGCGGCGAAUGGCCGUGGCGGCGGCGUCGGCUACGGCUUCGGUCGUGGCACUCCUGCUUCUGCUCACCUUGGGGUGUUAUUGGCCGCGGGUGGAUGGAAGACAGUUCGGGUUCGGAUUCCGAUUCCAGCAACUCCGCUCCGUCAGUGUUUCCAACCGCAAGCUUCUCCAAGUCGACGCAGGCGCCAAGUCGUCGUCGUCGUCGUCGUCGUCUGCGUCUGCAUCCCGGUCGACGGAUCGCAUGGGUGACCGGUGCAGCGUGGACGACAUCGAGGUGAACCAGGGGGCGACGCCGCCGCUGCCCAGCGGGAUCCCGACGUACACGGUGACGGUGCUGAACCUUUGCUCGUCAAGAAACGGCUGCGCCAUGGGACAGAUCCACCUGAGCUGUGGCGCGUUCAGCUCCACCCGCCUCAUCAACCCCCGCAUCUUCCGCCGCCUCCGCAUCAACGACUGUCUCGUGAACGAUGGCCGUCCCCUCGCCCCGGGAGCUUCCAUCUCCUUCCAAUACGCCAACUCCUUCUCCUACCCUCUCUCCGUUUCCAGCGCCACCUGCGUCCCCUCCUAAACCAUGUGAAAAGGCCUCGCCACGAAGCUUCAUUACGAUUCCUUUUUCCCCCUCUUUUUCAUACCAUUUUAGCAGCCGAUGGUGCCGACCAACUUCUACUUUUUGUUCAACCCUACUGUCUCUUCCCGUUUUCUGCCGCAGACUUCUAUAGGUUUACACAACGAGAGCGAGGGGGAGAGAGAGGGAGAGACAUGAGCUUGUCGCUCUCUCCUGUAUAGACUUUCUGACACAAGUGAUAGAUUACUGAUAUAUGUCUUUGGCUCUUCUUCCCUAUCGUUGCUGCUCAUUG